GCGCCGACGUCCAUUCAUGUGCGCCUUUGAGAAAAAAUGGCGAUGUGCACAGUAUUGCGAUGUGCUUCUGUAAGUUUGACCUCCUCACUGCCUCGAAUUUCACACAGAAACGCGCUGAAUCAAGCUAGACUGUUGGUGAGGACAUGCUGUAACAGAUCGCUGAGCACAACCACUCGAUCCUGCGCAGCACUGAAGUUCACAGACAAACACGAAUGGGUUCGUGUGGAUAGUGGCUUGGCAACCGUGGGCAUUAGUCAUUUUGCUCAGGAAGCACUGGGGGACGUAGUGUACUGUGGGCUUCCUGAAGUUGGCACAAAGUUAUCACAAUCGGAUGAAUUUGGUGCUCUCGAGAGUGUUAAAGCAGCGAGUGAGUUGUACUCUCCUCUGACGGGGGAGGUGACGCAAGUUAACCACGACCUGGCAGACAACCCUGGACUGGUAAACAAGUCCUGCUAUAAAGACGGCUGGCUGAUGAAGAUGACUGUAUCUGUUCCUGAGGAAUUGGAUGGAUUAAUGGAUGAAGCAGCUUAUGAGAGAUACAUCAAAUCUAUAGAAGACUAGACUAGCAUGCUGCUGGCUUGUGUGAACUGGGGGAGAAUUUAUAAAGAAUUAAGGAAUGUGCAUUUCAUCAUCAAAUGCAUUUCUGUUUGUAGUUGAUUUAGUUUAGAUAUACUUAUCUGAAAUAAAUAUCCACAUGAACCCACACUCAGUGAAUGAGGACCACAUGGACAAUAUUAUGCACUAGGCUUCAAAAGCAACAAGCAAAUGUGUUAUAUUCAUUAUGUUUUCUAGCCACAGAGAUCUGGAUGUCAGACAAACAGCUUAUGUAACAGUUUCAACUCCUUAACAGAUGUUACACUGAUGUUCCUGUGAAAGCGUGUCAAUGCUUGGAAUAAGCUAGAAAUGAAAUAAAUGGAAAUUUGAAUAUUAAGCAA